GGCGAGUGGGAAGGGACUCAGUGCAGGGCGAGAAACGCCCACAGCACCAAAGCCCCUCGGAGCGUCGCCCCCCGCCCCACCCUAGUUCUAGAAAGUCAGUUUCCCGGCACUGGCAACCCGGAACCUCAGGGGCUGCCGAGCUGGGGGGGCGCUCAAGCUGCGAGGAUCCGGGCUGCCCGCGAGACGAGGAGCGGGCGCCCAGGAUGGGGUGCAUGAAGUCCAAAUUCCUCCAGGUCAGAGGCAAUACAUUCUCAAAAACUGAAACCAGCGCCAACCCACACUGCCCUGUGUACGUGCCGGAUCCCACAUCCACCAUCAAGCCGGGGCCUAAUAGCAACAACAGCAACACACCAGGAAUCAGGGAGGGCUCUGAGGACAUCAUCGUGGUUGCCCUGUAUGAUUAUGAGGCCAUUCACCAUGAAGACCUCAGCUUCCAGAAGGGGGACCAGAUGGUGGUCCUAGAGGAAUCCGGGGAGUGGUGGAAGGCUCGAUCCCUGGCCACUCGGAAGGAAGGCUACAUCCCAAGCAACUAUGUCGCCCGCAUUGACUCUCUGGAGACAGAGGAGUGGUUUUUCAAGGGCAUCAGCCGGAAGGACGCAGAGCGCCAACUCCUGGCUCCAGGCAACAUACUGGGCUCCUUCAUGAUCCGGGAUAGCGAGACCACUAAAGGAAGCUACUCUUUGUCCGUGCGAGACUACGACCCUCGGCAGGGAGAUACCGUGAAACAUUACAAGAUCCGGACCCUGGACAACGGGGGCUUCUACAUAUCCCCCCGAAGCACCUUCAGCACUCUGCAGGAGCUGGUGGACCACUACAAGAAGGGGAGCGACGGGCUCUGCCAGAAACUGUCGGUGCCCUGCAUGUCUUCCAAGCCCCAGAAGCCUUGGGAGAAAGAUGCCUGGGAGAUCCCUCGGGAAUCCCUCAAGCUGGAAAAGAAACUUGGAGCUGGGCAGUUUGGGGAAGUCUGGAUGGCCACCUACAACAAGCACACCAAGGUGGCAGUGAAGACGAUGAAGCCAGGGAGCAUGUCGGUGGAGGCCUUCCUGGCAGAGGCCAACGUGAUGAAAACUCUGCAGCAUGACAAGCUGGUCAAACUUCAUGCGGUGGUCACCGAGGAGCCCAUCUACAUCAUCACGGAGUUCAUGGCCAAAGGAAGCUUGCUGGACUUUCUGAAAAGUGAUGAGGGCAGCCAGCAGCCAUUGCCAAAACUCAUUGACUUCUCAGCCCAGAUUGCAGAAGGCAUGGCCUUCAUCGAGCAGAGGAACUACAUCCACCGAGACCUCCGAGCUGCCAACAUCUUGGUCUCUGCAUCCCUCGUGUGUAAGAUUGCUGACUUUGGCCUGGCCCGGAUCAUUGAGGACAAUGAGUACACAGCUCGGGAAGGGGCCAAGUUCCCCAUCAAGUGGACAGCUCCUGAAGCCAUCAACUUUGGCUCCUUCACCAUCAAGUCAGACGUCUGGUCCUUUGGUAUCCUGCUGAUGGAGAUCGUCACCUACGGCCGGAUCCCUUACCCAGGGAUGUCAAACCCUGAAGUGAUCCGAGCUCUGGAGCGUGGAUACCGGAUGCCUCGCCCGGAGAACUGCCCAGAGGAGCUCUACAACAUCAUGAUGCGCUGCUGGAAAAACCGUCCGGAGGAGCGGCCCACCUUCGAAUACAUCCAGAGUGUGCUGGACGACUUCUACACGGCCACAGAGAGCCAGUACCAACAGCAGCCAUGAUGGGGAGGACAGGGCAGGGCCAGGGGGUGCCCAAGUGGUGGCUGCAAGGUGGCUCCAGCACCAUCCACCAGGGCCCACGCCCCCUUCCUACUCCCAGAAACCCACCCUCGCUUCAGCCACAGUUUCCUCAACUGUCCAGUGGGUAGGUUGGACUGGAAAAUCUCUUUUUGACUCUCGCGAUCCACAAUCUGACAUUCUCAGGAAGCCCCCAAGUUGAUAUUUCUAUUUUCUGGAAUGAUUGGAUUUUAGUUACAGCUGUGAUUUGGAAGGGAAACUUUCAAAAUAGUGAAAUGAAUAUUUAAAUAAAAGAUAUAAAUGCCAAAGUCUUUACCAAAA